GACCUGGAAGUGUUGUGGUGCCAAAUGUUUUGGCUUCCCGAGCGCGAGAAGAACAAAUGAGACAGUUGGGACAGUGAGGUCCUGCGCUCCUCGCGAGCUGUGGUGCGACAGCAUGUCUCUUUCUCCUUGCAGCCCCCUUGCCGAUGGAGCACAUAGAGAAGCUGGCUGAGGAAUGCAUGAAAGAUAUAGACGACGGGGACAGCGAUGGGGAUCUGGAAGACGACGAGGACCUGCUGGCGGAGCUGCAGGAAGUGGUGGGUGAGGAGGAGGCCGAGGAGGAUGAAGAGUCCGUUGAACCCCCUGUGACUGUGAAAACGCCCCCCAGUGCUGAAACUCAGUCAAAAGAGCAGGUAGCUAAAGUGCCUGCAGUGCCUGGUAGUGUAGAGCACACCUUAGAAGAAAGAAUAGAAAUGUACCAGGCUGCGAUUAGCAAUGCCAAGUCCGCGGGUGACUCCUCCAAAGCUCGGAGAUACGAAAGGGGCCUGAAGACCCUGCAGACAAUGCUAGCAUCUGUGCGGAAAGGAAACCAGAUAAAUGAAGCAGAAAUACCGCCACCGGUAGCCAGCGGGAAACCGUCAGCCCGCGGCAUAGCGGCGCCGGCAGCAGUGCCAGAGCUCGUGUCCGAUGCCGUUCCCGAGCACGCCGAGGCGCCCGCCGAGCAUCCUGGGACAGCACCCGAGACCACACCCUCGGCCGCCCCGGAGGAAGGGGAGGAGAGGGGCCGAGAUGCAGCUGCCGGGCCGGACCAGGAGUCCACCAAGGCGCUGCUGCAGGGGAGGCAGAGGGAGUAUAAAAUCGCAGCGGUUAAGGCAAAGCAAGAGGGAGACCUGGACCGAGCCAGGCAGUACAUGAGGACGCUCAAGAAGUUUGACGUGGUGCUGGAAGCUCUGGAGAGCGGUCAGCCCGUGGAUCUGAGCCAGAUGCCCCCCCCGCCUGGAGCUGCAGAAGUGAAAUUGAAAGAGCCUUCCCCUUCGCAGAAGACGGGUGGCGCUGUUGAGGAGAAUCGCUCUUUGCAGGCAGCAGACAGCACAUCAGUACCACCAGCUGCACCUCCCCAGCCCAGAAGCGUGCUGGAGGCUUUGGAACAGAGGAUGGCCAAGUAUAAGGAGGCGUGCGCUCAGGCCAAGCAGAGCGGAGACGACCGCAAAGCCAGGAUGCAUGACCGCAUCGCCAAGCAAUACCAGAGCGCCAUCCGAGCGCACAAAGCAGGGAGGCCAGUCAGCCUUGAGGAGUUGCCAGUCCCACCAGGUUUCCCCCCGAUCCCGGGGCUGGAGGGGGCCGGAGCGGACAAGGGCAUCGCGGCCGCGCUGGAGGCAGCCUCCAGGCUGACUGCCGACGAGAACCAGGAGGGGGAGGACGAUGACGGCGCAGAGGAUGAAGAGCAUGAGGUCAAGCAGUCUUCCUCCGUCCCUCAGAAGCCCAAAAAGCCGAUGCUGGCAGUGCCGCCCACAAUGCAGGGUCCCAAGACUCCGUCCCCUUUGCCAGAGAAACGUGUCUCGACAGCGGGGCUCAGUCACGCAGCUCAGCAGCAGCUGGACUUCCUGGAGAGCCGCAGGAAGCAGUACAUGAAGGCCGCUCUUCAGGCCAAGCAGAAGAACGACCUGGAGCAGGCCAGGCACUUCCUGAGAACCGCCAAGGUCUUCGAGCCCAUGAUCGAGGCAGCCAGGAGCGGGAAAUCGGUCGACAUAACCAAGGUGCCAUCUCCCCCCGGUGACGAAGACGAGGACUUCAUCUUAGUCCAUCACAGUGACGUCCAGCUCUCGGAGAGAGCUGAGGAGGUUUACAGUCAGCUCGCCAAGAUUCUGAAGGAACAGUACGAGAAAUGCAUUGCUUAUUCGAAGCAGUUUACUCAUCUUGGGAAUAUAACAGAAACUACAAAGUUUGAAAAGAUGGCAGAAAGCUGUAAGAAGAGCCUGGAAAUCCUAAAACUGUCCCAGAGCCAAGGUCUGGAUCCUCCCAAACACCAUUUUGAGGAGAGGACAUACAAAACCAUGCGGAUUUUCCCAGAGCUCAGCAGCACGGAGAUGGUAGUAAUCAUUGCUAAAGGAAUCAAUCUGCCUGCGCCUCAAGGUGUAGUGCCAAAUGAUCUAGAUGCAUACGUGAAAUUUGAAUUCCCCUAUCCCAGUGUGGAACAAGCACAGAAGCAUAAAACAGCAGUGAUCAAGAAUACUAACUGUCCGGAGUACAACCAGAGUUUCAAGCUCAGCAUUAACAGGAACCACAGGGGCUUCAGGAGAGCCAUUCAGUCCAAAGGCCUGAAGCUGGAGGUGUUCCACAAAGGUGGCUUCCUGAGAAGCGAUAAGCCGGUGGGCACGGCGCACCUGAAGCUGGAGAAGCUGGAAAAGGAGAGUGAAGUGCGAGAAAUUAUCGAGGUAAGGGCUCAGGCGGUCCACACCACCUGGGGCCAAGCGCCCAGGAACCCCACACUGCCUACAGAAAAGGCCGGCGUUAAAAGCAAAGGUGCUUGUUAACGCCGUCUGUGACUUCUAGAUAUUGACACUACCUUACAAGAACAUGAAAGUAUACAGCACAUGGCCUACUACCGCCAUUUAAACCUGUGAUUUUUUUUUUUUAACGGUUUUUAUGUUGUUGUUUUUUAAACUUGUACAUCUUGCGAUUGAUGGUCUGUGCCAAAGAGAAGUCAGUUUUCAGAAACAAUACUGGGCUGGGAGAAACACC